AUCGCAGCUAUUUUUUUAAAUAAUGUCCCAUUUUGGGUUUGAGAAUGACAUCCACAGCGUCCUCCGUCUGGACAUGCCCAUCACAAACGCCCCAAUUGCGAGAUGGCAAAGGAAAGCCAGCACAUCCAGCUCGACCAACACAAACUCCCUCUCACCGAACAAGAGUGUCAACCGUUCAGUGAGCCUUUCCAAAACCCCCAGCAAAACACCAGGAAAGACCGGCAAGACCCAAAACACGCCCUCUAAGGCAGGAGGAGAUCGAUUCAUCCCAACAAGGAAUAACAAACAAUUAGAUGUAGCUAGUUUUCUUAUUUCCAAAGAAAACGAGCCAAUGGAAAAAAUCGCAUCCACUACAGCACCAAAACAAAAAGCUUGGUCUGUGACACUAAAUGGAUAUGACAUUGAGGAAGCAAAGAUCUUGCAUUUAGGAGGAAAACCACUGAAUGCCCCUGAAGGUUAUCAGAAUAAUUUAAAGGUUCUCUACAGCCAGGUGCCCACACCGGUCUCUAUUAAGAAGAGCCGGUACAUUUCAUCGGUUCCAGAGCGGAUUCUAGAUGCCCCUGAUAUCAAAAAUGACUUCUAUCUAAACCUGAUGGAUUGGGGAAGGCAGAACUUGUUGGCAGUUGGCCUUGCCAACCAUGUUUAUUUGUGGGAUGCUGGUGCCGGGGACAUUGUUUUAUUGAAGAAAAUGGAGGAUGAUGGCGAGCACAUCUGCUCCGUCUCUUGGAGCAAAGAUGGCAAUUUCUUGGCCAUUGGGACAAGUGAUUGUAAAGUUGAGCUAUGGGAUGUUCAGUACCAAAAGCGUCUCCGCAGCAUGGAUGGCCAUUUGGCAAGGGUUAGUUGCUUGUGUUGGAACGAUCAUGUUUUGUCCAGUGGCUCCAGGUCUGGUUUGAUUCAUCAGCAUGAUGUCCGGGUAGCAGACCACCACAUCUUUACCUUUGGGGGACACACUCAGGAAGUCUGUGGCAUUACAUGGUCCCCGGAUGGGAAAUAUUUAGCUAGUGGUGGUAAUGACAACAUGGUGUACAUUUGGCCAAUGACAACUGGUUCAGAGUAUCAAGCCAUCCAUUCUCUAAAUGAACACCAGGGAGCAGUCAAGGCUUUGGCAUGGUGCCCUUGGCAGCCUAACAUCCUUGCAUCGGGAGGUGGCACCAGUGACCGUCACAUUCGCAUCUGGAAUGCAAAUAGUGGUUCUUGUAUCAGUGCCUUAGAUACUUGUUCACAGGUAUCAUCUCUUGUUUUUGCACCAAAUUACAAAGAGUUGGUGUCUGGUCAUGGUUUUGCUCAUGAUAAGGUUAUCAUCUGGAAAUACCCCUCGCUCAGUAAAGUUGCAGAGCUUGAAGGACAUGAAGACCGGGUCCUCAACUUGGCGCUCAGUCCAGAUGCUUCGACUGUGGCUUCGGUUUCUGCUGAUGAAACCAUUCGACUUUGGAAGAGUUUUGAAAAGGAUGCUGUCAAGAAACCCAAGUCUACUAGCAGCAUCAUUCAGCAACAUAUUCGAUAAUUAUGUAAUGGUCUUUUUAAUGCACCCAGAAAACAGGGAAUUGGAUCAGAUUUAAAGAUCUAAAACAGUUUCUCAAACAUUCAUUAGAACCUCCCAUUGGAUUUUGUUUGGUUUUCAAAGGGCUGGGAAAUUCCAUUCCCAAACACUGAUGGCUGUUACGUGCCAUUAUCUCUACACUAAGUUCUGUUAGGCACUCGCUUAUACUUGUUUUCAGAAGCACAAUGGGUUUUUAAAAAAUGUAAUAUUUUGAGUAUGGCUGGUAUGUGGGAUUUCUAGAAGACCACCUCCUCUGGAAGCUGAACCCUCAAACUUUUUUUUUUUUUUUUGCAUUUAACCACAAAAGUGAUCAUUAAAUUAUGUACAGAAAUGUAAAUUUUCAAAUAAAGUUUUAUAAGGAAGCAUUUGCUUCCCUUUUGA